UUGACAAUUAUUCGAGUUCGAGGGGAGGAAACUGACAGUUCAGCCAGGCAGGGGCCAGUGGUCGGAUGGAUUGCAAAUCGUUGUUAGUUAAAGACAGUAGCCAUAUUUGUUGUUAUCGUUAAUGGGGGAGGUUGCGAUCCUGUAAAAACACUAUUGACGAAUUGUUGAGUGGAAAGCGCGAGUGCAUGAAUUAGUGGGGUCCCCGAACGACCCAAGAAGGGUGAUGAAGCAGGUCCUGGGCCAGCAGUGAGUGUCUUGUGUCAGGGGGUCUCUCUUUGUUUGAAACUGGCGGCGGCUGCUGGAAAUCUGGCCGGUGGUGGCAACGAUGUGCCACCCGCGAUGCUGGAUUGGGGCGACAGGGAAGGUGACAGGUUCAGUUUUGAGGACUCGGACAGAUUUGAGGAGGAUUCCCUAUGUAGCUGGAGCUCAGAACCAGAGAGCCUUUGCAACAAUUGGAGAGGAUGGAAGAAGCCCUCGGCAGCAUCCACCACCUUCUUUGGGGCUAGCAGAAAGUCCGCGGACGACACCCAAGCCGUACCAUCUCUAACCGAACUAGCAGCGAAAUGCGUAGCUUCUCAUAUACCCUUCGAACUGGUGGAGCACGUUUAUCCGCCAGUGCCGGAACAGCUCCAGCUCAGGAUAGCCUUCUGGAGUUUCCCGGACAACGAGGAGGACAUCAGGUUGUACUCUUGUCUGGCGAACGGUUCGGCAGACGAGUUCUCGCGUGGGGACGGCUUGCACAGGAAUCAUAUGGUGAAGGAUCCGUUGCAAAUCGCCCCACUUGGUAACGUUACGCGCCCCGGUAUCGGAAUCGUUGUCACGCCUCCAGAGGGAUCAGUUACAAAAAUUCGCACAGUAUCUAAUCAGCGAACUACCGCAACAAAUUCUCCCAACUGCUCAAAGACUUCUAGAUGAACUUUUGGGAUCUCAGCCGUCCGCCAUCAACUCGGUGUGCGGUGCUCCGGACCCGACAGCUGGAGCUUCUGCGAACGAUCAAACCUCUUGGUACCUCGAUGAAAAGACGUUGCACGAUAACAUAAAGAAAAUACUGAUUAAGUUUUGUGUUCCAGCACCUAUAGUAUUUAGCGAUGUGAACUAUUUGAGCACUGUAGCACCUCCAGCUGCAGCAGAAUGGACCUCUCUAUUAAGACCUCUUCGAGGCAGAGAACCAGAAGGAAUGUGGAAUUUGCUCAGUAUCGUCCGCGAAAUGUUCAAACGAAAUGAUAGAAACGCCAUACCUCUACUGGAGAUCAUAACCGAAGAGUGUCUGGCAUGUGAACAGAUCUUGAUUUGGUGGUUCAACACUAAAGUCGCUCUUCUUAGCGGGAAUUCUGGAUACGGUGGCAGCGGAGGCGGCAAACAUAAUAACGUGAAUAGCAAUACACAUGCGUCGCAACACGCAUGCUCGUCACUAUGCGAUGAGGUCGUCGUAUUGUGGAGAUUGGCGGCUCUCAAUCCAGGGCUGGCACCUUCUGAAAGAGAUAUGCUCCAUAACCAGUUCACCACAUGGCACAUGAAGAUUUUAGAAAAAGUCAGUAAAUGUCGCAACACGACUUCAAGUUCUACGUCGAACUAUAACAAAAACUCAAGCUCCCUAAAAAUGGAUUUAGAAGUGUUCACUGGUUUCAAACCAGCCAUAGAGGCUUGCUACCUAGACUGGGAUGACUAUCCCAUGCCUGGUAUCACCUACACUCAGGACAUAAACCCUAUGUAUCAUUGCCCAUUUACUUGUUUCCGACAUGGUGCCGAUAGUAGUCGAGGAGAAAGUCAGGUGACCCAAGUCAAUUCCAGCAAAGCAGUAUUGAACUGCGAAAAUCCCCACAUGACCCAUUCCCAUCACCGUCGCCAUCAUCACCACCACCAUCAUUCACAUACAAGGGUAACCAGAUUAGAUUUUGGUAACGUGAUUGACUUGAAUCCUGUAGAAUAUCCUCCACAUCCACAAAUCAAUAAUAGGGAUGGAAACAGGUCAAGUGUUAGUAGCGAAGGAUUUUGUGAGGUUGAUGACGAUCUCAUACAAGAAAGCAGAUUCAACGACUCUGACUCUCAGGAAGGUGGCGGUAGCGACUCGUCUAGUAAUAGUAGCCAAGACAGCAACACUCCAUCAACCACACAGCAUUCCCUCAAUUCGAGCGACAACGACACCAGCAAAGAGAACUACAAGCCUUUGCAGUCCAUACCGAUACCUAGCACCUCGAACACCUGGACUCCGAACACGCCGCCUCCGCAAGUGUCCACUUCCAGAAGGCCGUCAAAAGGCGAAUCUACCUCUUCGUCGAACUCUGAAUCACCUCAGUCUGGCGACGAAUAUAACAUGUACUUUUAUAAUAGUAAAGACAUAAAUUUAGUUAGUGCUAGUACUCAAGGUGACGUUAACGUUAAAUUGGACGACAGUGAGGACAAGUCGACCAUGUUCUCCAGCUUGAGGAAAUGCGACGAUCCUUGGGAUGUUUUGUUUUCACGAGCGGAGGGAUUGCACGCACAUGGACAUAAUAGAGAGGCGUGCAUUUUGGGGGUGAAACUCGCCGAAGAACUACUGAUGAACCCUCCAGAUUUGAUGAUUGAAAUUCCGCCCAUACCUAAAAAAAAAGCUUGUUGCAGCAGACCUCAUAGCUCUACAAGUGCGGAGAUAGAACAAGGAAUCAACAAUUUAUCAGUAACUGGUCAAGCAGGCGCAGUUGCUGUACAAGGGCCAGUAACGAGGGCCAAAGAUGGCCGAUACAAGGGUAAAAGAGCUUACCCCUCCAUACCGAAUCAACCUUCGGAAGCUGGAGCUCAUUUCAUGUUUGAAUUAGCCAAGACGGUGUUGAACAAAGCUGGCGGCACCAGCAGCACUUCUUUGUUUACUCAACCGUCCACUAAUCAGAAUCAUCAUGGUCCCCAUAGGGCUUUGCAUAUGUGCGCUUUUCAGUUGGGCUUAUAUGCGUUGGGAUUGCACAAUUGCGUCAGCCCCAACUGGCUCAGUAGAACUUACUCAUCUCAUGUUUCAUGGAUAACUGGUCAAGCAAUGGAAAUUGGAGCUGCAGCAAUAUCAUUCCUCAUAGAUACUUGGGAGGGCCAUCUCACUCCUCCCGAAGCUGCGAGCAUUGCUGACCGGGCUUCUCGGGGCUGUGAUUUGAAUAUGGUCCGUGCUGCUGCAGAACUGGCUCUCUCCUGCCUUCCACACGCUCAUGCGCUCAAUCCAAAUGAAAUCCAACGAGCAAUACUACAGUGCAAGGAACAAAGCGAAGAAAUGUUAGAGCACGCUUGCCACACCGUUGAAAAUGCUGCGAAAGGAGGUGGAGUGUACCCCGAGGUGCUAUUCCAGGUAGCCAAAUACUGGUAUGAGUUGUAUAUCAGGCACACACCUGGAGGUGAACAGCUUAUGGAUAGUGAAAUGGCUCACGAUACCAUUAUGGAUCCUCAUGGAGCAAAUGCAAAUAACAAUAAUUUAAUGGUCAUUGAUAUACAUUUUCAGCAUGCUGCACCCCCUGUUGGAAUGUAUGUGGGUCAUUAUAAUUAUGUUCACCAUCCUCAUCCUCACCAGCCUCAAAUCAGUUAUGGGGGCCCUUUACACCCCCUUCACCAAGCUCCACCUCCUGGACACGUUCAAAUGUAUCAGUUUCCAUAUCCACCUCCUCCUCCUCAAGGGACAGCACCCCCAUUCCAACCUGUACCAACGUCAUAUGCUAAUUUACCUCCUCCCCAACAAGCAGCUUACACAAACGCACCCUCCCAGUAUCCUCAACCUCCUCCAGCUGUCUUCACAACUCCUCAGCAGGCCCCUCCUCCACAAGCUCAGUUGCAGUAUUACAGUCCAGCUGUUACAAUAGCUCAACCUGUGCAAGGUCUAAGGCCGCCUACUCACAUAUAUCAAGCACCACCUCCUGGUAUGGUGCCCCACCCUCCAACAGCUGUUGCAAGAACACACAGGCCACAUCAAUUCAAUCAGGCACAGUUGAGGUAUUUAUUGACAUCUUAUAGGGUAGGUAUGUUGGCUCUAGAAACUUUAGCUAGGAGAGUCCAUGACGAUAGACCUCAAGCGAAGUAUGCAAGGAAUCCGCCUUAUGGAGAGGACGUUAAGUGGCUGUUGAGAAUAUCCAAACAUUUAGGUAAGAAGCUGCAGAUGAAUCCAGCCACCCAUCAGCUAAGCUGUCUGGCCUCUGGCACCCUGUCCAAAUGUGCCUUUUUGUGCUCCGUGCUCGCCGAAAACUGCGAACAUUUUCAUCUGGCUUUCCGUGUUGGCAUGUUUGGCCUUGAGAUGGCUAGACCGCCGGCCAGCACGAAACCCUUAGAAGUCAAAUUAGCCAAUCAGGAAGCCGAUCUGGUAAACUUACUAAAACGCAUACCGUUGGGUCAUAACGAACUCCAAAUCCUCAGAAAACGUGCCGAUGCGCUCAAAGACGGCACUCUGAGAUCCAGAGGGGAAGCGAUGCUUCCCAUAAUGUUGGCCAGUUUUAUUUUCGAUGCGCUAGUCAUUCCGAGUGUUGUCGGUCGCGACAGAGGCAAAAUUAUCAAUAUGCGGUUACCUUCGGAUGAAUAUUUGGGCUUUGAAGCGGCAGUUGCUGCUCUUGGUUUGAAGGCAAACGUUUCUGAAGCAGACCACCCGUUACUUUGUGAAGGCACCAGGAGGCAGAGAGGAGACCUUGCAAUAGCACUCUUGAUGUUUUACAAAGAUAAUUGUUGGAAGAUGGCGAGGAUAAUGGACCGGCUAUUGGAUAAAGAGGUUCACCAAUUGCUGAAGACACCCAUCGUGAGUUCUUACUAUUCCAGCAAUCCUCCGAUAAAGAGCCAGUAUACCAACCUGAAACGGGAAGACUGUGAUAAAGUAAUAACUCCGAUUAGUCCUUUCUUACCUCCUGUUGAAAUCAUUCCUUCAGAAAUGGUAUGUGAAGCUGAUAUCUGCUGCAGAGAGCAGAAUCUACUCAAGCUGUGGUAUUUGUAUCAUUUCGACAAUCUUUCUAAUUCUAGGUCUAAAUCUUGCAAGAAAGAGCUCUGGAGCCAAAUUAAUGCAGCAUUGCAGGCUAACACUAAAUGACAAAGGCCUGAAUUAGGAGGCCAAGGUAGUUAUAGUUAUCUCAGAGUUUUGUCGGAUGGAGCAGACGAGAUGGAACAAGCUGCAACACCGCCUCGUCUACACCUGUGCCAGUUUCAAACUGCGGAUCUCACUAUCGCUCAUCCGAUAUUUUUAACACCUGCUCAUCCACUUCUACCGCACGAUGUCAUCGUCAACGAACAAUCCCCUAACGUAGCAUGGGUGCCGUGUUCUAAUGAUUCUUCUCCGCCCAGCAGUUGAUUUAGUCAUGCAUAAGUCAACAAUCAUAGAAAGAUGAAAAUUUGGGUUUCAUCUUUAGAAGGCAAGUGAGGUUUUUUAAUUGUAGGUAGUUAUUUUUUAUUAUCAAUUUUAAUUUCGAAUAAAAAAUCUUCAAUU